CCUGAGAUAUAUCUGGAAGCUCAGCAUCCAGUCAAACGAAACGGUGAUUCGUGCGUGAGCGGGCUCACCUCUUAUCAUCAUCUUGGUAAUUUCCGCGCGCGAAUAAACUCAUAAUAAAAUUACAAAAAAAAAAAAAAAAAACUAUCAAUCACAAAAUUAAAAUCGAAAUACUUGACAUUAUUUCGAAACACUAAAACAUUGCAAAAAUUUCAUAGAAAAAAAUCAAACGAAAUUGUUAAAAAGUGACUUUUAUUUUUUAAUUAGUUUAACGAAAUCAUCAAAUGAUAAACACAUACAUAGAAAUGCAACAAAUUUUUUAUAAUAUUUAAACAAAAAAUAAAUUAAAUAAUAAUGAAGAAAAUUAAAGACAGUGAUUGGUUUUAUUAUUUAACAAUAUUUUUAAUAAAUUAUAUAUUAAUUAAUGAUAAUUUAAAAAUUGUAUUAUCAUCAAAACCAAGUGGUUUAUAUGCUGACAAUGGUUAUCAAACAAUAAUACAUCGUACAAUAACACAAAAUGAAAAACGUGAAAUACAAGAACAAAUAUUAGAUUUUCUUGAUUUACCAGAUAGACCAUUAACAAGAAAUACUAGAUCAACAAAAAUUAAAAAUUCAGCAGCUGAAUUUUUAAUUGAUAUUUAUAAAAAUGCACUUGGUGAUAAUGAUGAUGAUGUUGAUGAUGAUGGAAAACCGGUCGUACAAAAGUAUCAUCAGUAUAAAACCGACGGGGAUUUCAACCUCACCGGUCAAGAUCUCAGGGCCAUCGACCAGAGCGAUGUCAUCAUGUCAUUUGCUGCUCACAAUCAUCAUGUUCCUGGUGUACGACAUGAACGUGGAAAAAGACUGUGGUUUGAUAUUUCAGAAAUACCACCUGGUGAAAAUAUCAUUGGUGCUGAACUGAGACUUUAUAGAUCAAUGGAAAUUAAACAUAAAAAAAAUCGUGGAUCAUUUAUGGUUACUGUUUAUCGAGUUCUCAAAACAGAUGAUGGAAGUAAAGAAUUGCAGUAUGUUGAUUCUGCAAAUACAACAAUAAAUAAAGAAGGCUGGAUAACAUUGAAUGUCAGUGAAGCAUUGCAACAUUGGAUUAAUAAUCCAGAUGGAAAUAGAGGUCUUUAUUUAUCUGUUCAUCCGGCUGAUAGAUCUGUUCAUGAAAUGAAACCGGAAGACGUUGGUAUUGUUGGAUUCCGUGGUAGUGCCGACAAACAUCCUUUCAUGGUUGGCUUCUUCAAAAGUUCAGGUUUGCGUGAGAAAAAAAAACGUCAAAAACGUGAUGUUAGAAGAAAAAAAAAAAGUGAAUCAUCAAGUCUUGACCAUCGAUAUUCAUACGGUGAUUCAAUAACUCAGUAUGAUUCAAGAACUUGUAAACUUCAUACACUUUAUGUUAAUUUUGUCGAUUUAAAAUGGAAGGAAUGGAUUAUUGCACCAGAUGGAUAUGAUGCUUAUUACUGUGCUGGUGAAUGUAAUUUUCCAUUAAAUGCUCAUAUGAAUGCAACAAAUCAUGCUAUUGUUCAAACACUUGUACAUCUUAAUAAACCAUCUGAAGUACCAAAACCAUGUUGUGCACCAACAAAAUUAUCAGCAACAUCAGUUCUCUACACCCUUGAAGACGGAAGUGUUAUAUUAAAAAAAUAUAAAAAUAUGGUUGUUAAAAGUUGCGGUUGUCAUUAAUAAUAACAACUUAUUAUUUUAUUUUUUUUUUUAAAUUAUCAAUCAAUUUAUAAUUUACAAUAAUCAAACAAAAAAAACGACAACAUUAUUUAUCAUUGAAUCAAAUUUAUAUAUAUUUUUAUCGUUAAAUUAAAUUUAAUUAAUUUUAUUCAUGUAAAUAAAUUGAAAAUUUAAUAAAAAUCAUUUUUUUAUAGAUUAAAUU